UCAAAGGCUGACUCUGCUAAGUUGCUACUAAAUGUAUCGGUGUAUUUGGGUCAACUUCUAUAUAAAACCCCACUGGCUUUAGGGCAGGGUUAAACCAAGCAUGUGCUGUUCUCUGGGUCACUUGGUUUAACUCCUCCAAGUAGUAAAAUCGGCUAGCGGGCAGUGAGGAGGGGCUGUGUGGAUAGAGCUGCCUUGGCUGGUGUGUGCCUGCACACGGAAUACCUGUGUUCAGGGAAAUGUGACUGCGAGCUUCACUUGGGGCAAGCUGGAGCAAUUUUGUGCUGGUCCUUUGUUGCGCUGUGAAGUGACCUGCUGACUGGACCUACUCUUGGUUUAUGUGUUGAGCUGAAGCAUGUCUUCGUUCUUAAACUGAACUUAAGUAUUGGACUACUGAUGAUGAUGGAUAAACUGGUGUAGUGUGACUUCCUACGGAGCAGCAAGGAGUUAUAGCUGGAGUUCCUCUUGCUCUGAGAAGCAGAAUGACUGUCUCGCAGCUCUGUUUUGAGGAGAGGGCCUAGAAGGUCUGCCACUGCGCUUUCCCCAAGGUGUGUAGUAAAAAUGGUGCAGAAAUACCAGUCCCCAGUUCGAGUCUACAAAUAUCCUUUUGAGCUCGUCAUGGCAGCAUAUGAGAAGCGCUUUCCUACAUGUCCAGAGAUUCCAGUCUUCCUGGGGAGUGAAAUCCUGCAUGAAUCCAGGAGUGAUGAUGGAGCUAUACAUAUUAUUGAGCGGAGCUGCAAACUGAAUGUGGAUGCUCCUAGGCUGCUGAAGAAGAUUGCAGGGGUAGAGUAUGUUUUCUUCAUCCAGAAAAACACAGUGAACUGGAAAGAGCGAACUCUCCGCAUUGAAGCCCACAAUGAGACUUUUGCCAACCGUGUUGUUGUCCUUGAGACAUGUAGCUACUCAGUUCACCCUGAGAACGAAGAGUGGACUUGCUUUGAACAGUCUGCAUCUCUUGACAUCAAGUCAUUUUUUGGCUUUGAAAGCACAGUGGAGAAAAUUGCCAUGAAGCAGUACACAUCAAACAUCAAGCGGGGCAAGGAAGUGAUUGAGCACUAUCUGAAGGAGUUGAUUUCCCAAGGGAUCACAUUCAUCCCCCGCUGGACACCUCCCCCAGUGUGUGGACAGAAGGAUGAGCAAACUCCAGCUGGUGGACACGAUGCUGAUGACGUACCACUGGAGUCGGGGGCUCCUGGAACUACCAAAGAGCAAACUGGCAGCUCCUGCCCUCCAGCAGAAGCUGUCAGCCCUGAUGCUGACAAAUUGGAUGCUGAUUACAUUGAGCGAUAUCUGGGCCAGCUGACUCCCAUGCAAGAGAGUUGCUUGAUCCGCCUUCGCCAGUGGCUCCAAGAAACGCACAAAGGCAAGAUCCCCAAGGAUGAACAUAUCCUUAGAUUUCUGCGGGCUCGUGACUUCAACAUUGACAAAGCUCGAGAAAUGCUCUGUCAGUCACUGUCUUGGCGAAAGCAGUACCAGGUCGAUUACAUCCUACAGUCAUGGAGACCCCCAGCCCUCUUAGAUGAAUAUUACACCGGAGGAUGGCAUUAUCAAGACAAAGAUGGACGACCACUCUACAUCCUUCGUCUUGGCCAGAUGGACACAAAAGGUUUGGUGAAAGCUCUGGGAGAGGAAUCACUACUGCGACAUGUUCUGUCAAUUAAUGAGGAAGGACAAAAGAGAUGUGAGGAAAAUACCAACACCUUUGGCCACCCCAUCACAUCCUGGACGUGCCUGGUGGACCUGGAAGGGCUAAAUAUGCGGCAUCUCUGGAGGCCUGGAGUUAAGGCCCUUCUUCGGAUAAUUGAGGUUGUAGAAGACAACUACCCUGAAACUCUGGGGAGACUGUUGAUAGUGCGAGCACCCAGGGUUUUUCCUGUGCUCUGGACUCUGGUCAGUCCCUUUAUCAAUGAGAACACAAGGCAGAAGUUCCUCAUUUACAGUGGGAAUAACUACCAGGGUCCAGGAGGGCUGAUAGACUACGUGGACAAAGACGUGAUCCCAGACUUCCUGGGAGGAGACUGCAUGUGUACUGUCCCAGAAGGUGGGCUUGUUCCCAAGUCACUUUAUCAAACAGAAGAGGAGCCAGAGAACUCGGAUCACAUCCGAUUAUGGACAGAAACUAUCUAUCAUUCUGCGAGUGUACUCAGAGGAGCUCCACAUGAGAUAGUUGUGGAGAUUCUGGAAGGGGAAUCUGUCAUCACCUGGGACUUUGACAUCCUGAAGGGAGAUGUGGUGUUCAGCCUCUUUCACUCCAAACGAGCUCCUGAAACAAAUCAUAAAGAAGCCACGUUACCAAGUACCUCUGCUGCUGGGGACAAUGUGCAGCUAAUUGACAAGACAUGGGUCCUGGGGGUGGAUUACAGCCGGAUGGAAUCUCCACUGGUUUGCCGGGAAGGGGAGAGCAUCCAGGGAUCUCAUGUGACUCGUUGGCCUGGCUUUUACAUUCUCCAGUGGAAAAUGCACGGCCCUCUGCCCUGUUCCGGCAGUAGCCUCCCUCGGGUGGAUGAUGUUCUUGCCUCUCUGCAAGUUUCCAGUCACAAGUGCAAGCUUAUAUACUACUAUGAGGUGCUUGCAUCCAAGGACUUCAGGGGAUCUAUGUCGAGCCUGGAAUCUUGCAACAGCGGCUUUUCCCAGCUGAGUGGAGCCACAACAUCUUCCAGCCAGUCCCAGAGCAGCUCCCAUAUUUCUAGAUAGCAGGGCCAAGGCUACAGCAGCAAGGAAAAUUUGCUCGGGGCUUCCUGCCCCCCCCCGGAGCUGCUCUGUGCACCAAACCAAAGAGCCUACAGGGGCUGAGCCUUGAGGCAGUCGUUCGUGUGACCACAGGUAGCAGCUAUUUGGACACAGAGAGGCUUCUGGGAGCUACUUUAGACAUGAAAACUUAGAAUUCAAAUGGCAGAUUUAUUAUAUCAGAUGCCUGCUUCUCAGUAGUCUUUUUCACAAAUUGUGGGGUUUGGAUGAAUGUCAGUUUGCAUGAAUCCGUGUAUUACUCAACUUAAAAGGGCUCUUUCCAGUCAGUCCUUUUCCUACGUGUGGUAGAGGAGACUGAUGUUGCCUUAUCUGUUUGAUCUGUAGGACUAGAUUAUUCAUGUGUAGCAAAACUAAUCUAGUUUUCUGAGUGCCCAGAGUACCAAUUACACAUCGGAAAGUAAAGUGGGCACUUCAGAUGCAGGGACUUGAAGCAAACUGUAAAUAUCUUUAUACAGAUAGGAUGUUUCAGAAAUCAGUUCCAGGUCAAACCUAAAACCUCUUCCGAUCUGACAGAAUGCUAUUAGGAAAUGUGUUGGAUUUUUUUAACCCUCUGAGACACAAAAGUCAAAAUGGAUUUUCUAGAAAGUACAGGCAGAGAACCUGCCUCCAGUAAGCAGCAUCUUACUUAAAGAUAACGUUCCUUUUUUCCUCAGGUUUACAAGCAAUAAUGAGUAGAUCUGACCCAUCUCAUCAAAGUGGAUGGGAACUGAAUCAAAUAAUAAAGGGCUAAGAAAAGCAAUAUUUUAUUUCCUGAAGGCACAAAAUUUUAUGGCAGUAUUAUAGAACUUGCUUCUUUAAAACACGAGCUAACUUGAAGAGAAAACUUUAAAAAAAAAAAAAAGCAUGUAUGUAUUUAAGCACUUACUGAAAUGUAUUUAUUCAAAAUACUAGCUUAUUUUAAAUUAAUUUUUAACUUAUUUAUAAUUUCAGAAUGACUAUUUAUUAAAUUCAAUCACCUUUUUUAAUGGCACGAACUUUGUUUUAGAAAGAAAUAACUGAUUGUCUUCAAUACCCAGAAAUCUUUCUACUUAAGUUCUAAUCUUUGUGCUCACUGGAUGUUCUUGCAUAAAGGGCUGUAUCAUACAUAGCAUUUGGGGUAAGGGCUGUCUGUCAUCUUUUCCUAAAAGGUGAGGUUAGAGUCCUCUGCCUUCAAGAUCUUAGAGGGAUGUUUCUUAGAGGCAAGGGUUGAGUUCAAGUGUUGUAAGAAGACAGUGCGUCUUCAUGACACACCAAAACCACCAUGUUUGUCCAUAAUCUCCACAGAUUAUUCCAGAGAGUAGAUGUGUAGUGAAGGUGCUAGUGGUCCAUUUAUCAGGUUGGGUAGCAGAGUUUUAUAUGUGUCCUUGUCUAGGUGGCAACAAAAUGAAAACAGGUGUCGAAUACUUGAUUGCCCUUAGGCAGCAUUUGCAGCUGGCAGAUGUGCAGGACUUGUGAUGUGGACAGAUGUCUGGGUUCAGAUCCAGCUGUGCUGUGUGAAGACCUCACCCCACCAGCUGGAGGUUACCUUGCGCAGAUCUGCUGCCUACAGAAGGAUCAUGAGGGUACUGCCCCUGCAAUUGCUCAGGUUACCCCAGCUGAGUGGCUCAUGUCACAUAAUAUGGCAAAUGUGGUCUGAAAUGAAUGAGUUUACAGUUCCCCAGCUGGGGACAAACAGCACAAAAAGUUCUGGGCUUGGGGUGCAGGGAAGCACAGUUAGUGGUGGAAGUUGGUUUCUUCCUCCAUCACAGUAAUCCAUGUAUCUGUGGCCAUGUUUCUCAGUAAAGAUUUGGGGCUUCUUUCCCUCUCAAAGUUUUUAAGGUUGAUGGAGUCUGUGCAGCUAAGAGCGACAUACAUGUAAAGUAGUUCCUUCUAACCCUGCUUUUAAUCACUGGUUUUGAAUCACCAGGCACUGACAAGGGAGAGAAGAAUAUUUGGAGCAAUGGGAGAUUAAGAACUUGAUGUGUUGAAGUUGUUUGUUUCUUUGAAGGAUUGGAGCCAAGGCAAUUACUCUCCCACCUUGCAUCUCUCACUGUAAGAGUGGAACAGGAAACUUUUAAUGCAGGCCCCAGGAAAGUUCUGAUUUCAGAGAAAUCAGUUGUUCUGAGGACUUUACCAUUUCUCCCAGAUGAAUGAAAAUCAAGAGUUCUGGGAUUAAAAGGGCAUAUGUAUCCCUCAUGUAAAAUCCUUUACCCAUGCUUCUGAUGCUAUUUAUCAAACAUAUAUAAUUUAUACAUGUUUCUUUUCUAAGUAAAGGUGGCCCAUCCACCUGUGUCCAAAUCAGUAAUUGAUUGUCCAGAUCAGUAAUUUAUGUCCUUUUACCAGAGUAAGUGACACAUUAUUUUGAGUCCUAUAUCCCUACAUACUGUCAGUGGUUUCUUUUCAGUGCUCCUACUCUUUUCCCUGGGGCCUAACUCACUCGGGUUCAUCCUGAGACUGAUUAGUUCCACCCUACUGAUAAGGGAUAUACAGAAGAAUAAUUUAUUGAAAUAAUUCAUUACAAAGUACAGCUACAGAUACAAGGUAAGGAUUUAGAACUGUAUGCAAUUGACUAACAAAGUUAUGUACAAUAUCUACUGAUGAUGGACAACACUCAACUUUGUCCUGUCGGGAGCGGGAGAGUCCCAAUUCCACCAACGAUUCAUAAUUACACAGAUACUAUUUGUUUGCCACCUGCACACAAAGGAAAUCUCAUAAAUUUGAUAACGGUAGCAUUAGUCAGGUCUUGUACUUGAUCUUUGAGAUGUUGAUAUUUACUUUCUCCACUGCUGCUUCCACCGAUGACGUUGAUUUACUUUCAUACCUACUUGUGACAUCUACCACCAGAGCUUUUUCCUCUUUGACAAAUACCAAGUCUAGCUUAUAUAAUUAAUUUUGUUUGUCUUCUGUUUGUCUUUAAAUAAUUCCCAUCCUUUCUUUUUGGCCUUUUCCACCAAUAGUUCACGUAGUUGGUUAUGUCUCUUGAUUCCAGCAUCUUGUACUGCAGGGCAGUAUUCAGUGAUGUGUGAGCAGGUCUCAUUCUCCACUUCACAAUGUUGACACGAUUUAAUUUGUGUUUCCUGUCUUCUCCUAGCCAAGAAUUCUCUCGUGGGGUAAACAUUAGCUCUUAGUUAUAACACAGUGAUGAGCUUUUGUUGGGGAAUGCCUCUAAUAUUUAAUCCAGUUGUUAUUGAUUUUAUCCUUCUCAAAGCCAGAAAGUCCACAGCCCUGGGACAGCAGCUUGGUCUGGUUCACAAAUUCCUGUUUUCACCAGUCUCGGGUGAAAACAGGGUCUCGGAAAGACUUGUUCUUCUCUGCCUAGUUCUGUUAUUACCAUAACUACUUUUGGGUCCCAAAUAGAUGGAAUUUUCUUUUAUCUCCUCUUGCUACAAUCCACAACUGUUCACACUCCUCCUCAAUACUUUCACACCUUUAUUGUUUCAUCUGAACACUGUGCAAUUCUAUAUAGUCUUUGGGCCUGCACACUGGGAAUCAAUCCAAAAAGUCUGGUAAGGCCUAAGCCUCCAUUCUUAGUGCUGGAAUAUAGGGAGGCAUCACAAGUACUUGCUGAUAGAUGUAACCAUUCCUUGACAGCUGCUCUUACUGUCAAGUUGAAUGUUUCCAGGUAUGGAGCUCUUGCAUCAGCCUGCUCUGCCACAUAGUUCAGACAUGGAAUAGUAUAUAUAUCUCUUCAAGAUACCAACUUUCUGAAACAACUUCAAAGAUCUCCUGAUCUGAUGUCACCACCCUUUCACUUUGUCCAGUAAUUCUGUUUUUAAUAUUCCAAUCCACAGGUCUACACGUAGGCCCAGGUAUUUCUCAGAACUCCCAGGUUCGACCACAUUGAGGGAGUGCCUUUAACAGUCCAUGGGGAACGGUCAUUGAUUGUAUGAGUCCUUUGUAGGCUCGAUGUAAAAGCCAUAGCACUUCUCCCCUUGUGUUUCAAGGCCUGCUAGAUCACAAGACCCCCACAACUUUGAUGUUCUUCUGCAGCCCUUCCCAAGAUCUUGAUAAUACCAGGUUGUCUGCAAAGGCCAUAGUUGUUACAUGUGCUGAGUAGUUUUGGUUCCCCCUUCCUUCCUCCUCCAGCUGGCACAGCAAGAGGGUCCACAGUUAGGAGUUUCAAACUGACUCCCAAAGCAUCAGGAGCCAACCCAGCCUUGUCCUCUCUAAGGAUUUCAGCCUGAUUCUAACAUGGUUGGUCACAUCCCACAGUAGUAAUAUUCCUGUUUCCUGUGUUUCCCUUGGUUUGCUCUGGUUAAGAAUCUCUUCCACUGCACUGGAUUUUUGUCGCUUUAAUUUUAAAAUGUGGCAUGUGCUGUUCUCCUCUCCCCAGUAAGUUUUGGGUGUUUACCUCGUCAGUGAGACACCUAGAACUUGCCCC